GUUUCAGUUCCGUUUCUCCUCUGCAGUCCCAACUCUCCUUUCUUCCCAUUCCCUUUUUGCCUAUUCCACCCCGCCACACCUCUCCGCGGCACCGGCCGUAGCACUAGAACAUCGGCAGGCGCGCGCCUCCUCCCCUCCACGCCUCGAUUCGGAUGAAGGCGGAGAGCGGUGGCGUUGUCCGCCGGAGUCUGCAGAAGACGGAGUCGGCGGAGAUGCGGUGGGUGGUCCCGGGGGGCGCCAAUGAGGACGUGGAGAUCGAGAGCUCCGACGACGGCAGCGUGGACACCUCCGCCACCGCCUCGGGCUCACGGGGCGGCGGGUGCUCCGACGAAGACGAAGGUUACGAGAACGAUGAGAUGCUGCGCCAGCUUCUCGUGCGCACGGGCCCGCGCGCCGACUCCUUCGACGUCGAGGCGCUCGAUGUCCCCGGCGUGUACCGUCACCAGGAAUUUACCUUAGGCAGCAGUAUUGUGCUGACUCUUCAGACACUAGGCGUUGUCUUUGGGGACGUUGGUACUAGUCCACUGUAUACCUUUGAUGUAAUGUUCAACAAAUACUCAAUUACUGCAAAGGAGGAUGUUCUCGGAGCUCUCUCACUUGUAAUAUACACUCUCAUUCUGAUACCAUUUCUGAAGUAUACACUGAUUGUUUUGUGGGGAAACGAUGGCGGAGAAGGAGGGACAUUUGCUUUAUACUCAUUAAUAUGCAGAAAUGCAAAGGCAAGCCUGCUUCCUAACCAAUUACCUUCUGAUACUCGUAUAGCAAAUUUCAAUCUGAAGGUGCCUUCAGUAGAGCUCGAGAGAUCUUUGAAGAUCAAGGAGCGACUUGAGACUUCAUCUAUGCUAAAAAAGCUGCUUUUGAUGCUUGUUCUUUUUGGUACUUCGAUGGUAAUAGCAGAUGGUGUUGUCACAUCAGCAAUGUCAGUUAUGUCUGCUGUUAAUGGCUUGAAGGUUGGAAUUGCUAGUGUUAACGAAGGUGAAGUGGUCAUGAUAACUGUUGCAUUUCUUAUUGUUCUGUUCAGUCUGCAACGGUUUGGAACAAGCAAAGUAGGGCUUGCUGUUGGGCCAGCUUUAUUCGUAUGGUUUUGCUGCCUUGCUGGGAUAGGAAUGUAUAACCUCAGAGUAUAUGGUCCAGAAGUACUCCAGGCAUUCAAUCCUGUUUAUAUCUACUAUUAUUUUGAAAGAAAUCCCACUGAAGCUUGGAUGUCCCUGGGGGGCUGUCUUUUAUGUGCAACAGGAUCUGAGGCAAUGUUUGCUGAUUUAUGCUACUUCUCUGUUAAAUCUGUUCAGCUUACCUUUGUGUUCCUUGUUCUGCCAUGUCUUCUACUGGGAUACCUAGGGCAAGCUGCAUUUCUUAUGGAGAACUUAGAUAAAAGUCAGCAGGUCUUCUUUUUGUCCAUUCCAAGUCAGGCAUUUUGGCCAGUGGUAUUCAUAGCUACUCUGGCAGCACUAAUUGCUAGUCGUGCAAUGACAACUGCUAUAUUCUCAACUAUAAAGCAGGCAACAGCUCUGGGCUGUUUCCCACGCCUCAAGAUUAUCCACACCUCUAGAAAGUUCAUGGGCCAAAUAUACAUCCCGGUGAUGAACUGGUUCUUGCUGGUUUCUUGUCUGGCAUUUGUCGCAGUAUUUGGGAGCAUAAAUGAGAUUGGAAAUGCAUAUGGCAUAGCAGAACUUGGGGUCAUGAUGAUGACCACUGUCCUGGUCACCAUUAUAAUGCUUCUGAUAUGGCAGGUCAACAUCGUCAUAGUUCUAUGCUUUCUCAACCUCUUUCUGGGGCUGGAGUUAUUUUUCUUUUCCUCAGUUUUGGGAAGUGCAGCAGAUGGAAGUUGGGUGCUUUUGGUAUUUGCAGCUGUAUUGUAUUUGGUAAUGUACAUAUGGAACUAUGGAACCAAAUUGAAGUACGAAACUGAAGUCAAGCAAAAACUUUCAAUGGAUUUAUUGAUACAGCUAGGCUGCAAUCUUGGUACAGUGAGGGCGCCUGGUAUUGGAUUGCUCUAUAAUGAACUGGUCAGGGGUGUUCCUGCAAUCUUUGGUCACUUCCUCACUACACUGCCAGCCAUGCAUUCGAUGAUCAUUUUUGUCUGCAUCAAAUGGGUCCCAGUUCCAGUUGUGCCUCAGAAUGAAAGGUUCCUCUUCCGUCGUGUGUGCCCAAAGAACUACCAUAUGUUCCGCUGUAUUGCUAGGUAUGGGUAUAAGGAUGUACGCAAGGAGAACCACCAAGCAUUCGAACAGCUUCUGAUAGAAAGCCUUGAAAAGUUCAUACGCCGAGAGGCCCAGGAACGCUCCCUGGAACGCUCCCUGGAGAGCGACCAUAAUGACGACAAAGACUCUGAAGAGGAGAUUGCUUCUUCAUCAUCAAGAGUUAUUGACGAGUCAGGCGGUGCUGACAACUCAGCCCUGGGAUCAAGCAUGUCGUUGGAGGAGGGAUCAAGCAUGGACAACGAGCUAUCUUUCAUCCACAAGGCCAAGGAGUCGGGCGUGGUGUACCUUCUUGGGCACGGAGACAUCAGGGCCCGGAAAGAGUCGUUCUUCGUCAAGAAGCUGGUGAUCAACUAUUUCUAUGCUUUCCUGAGGAGGAACUGCAGGAGGGGCAUCGCGACACUGAGCAUACCCCACACGAGGCUGAUGCAGGUGGGGAUGCAAUACAUGGUUUAGGGUUGCCUAGCUACCUUUUCUUUUUCUAUUUCAAGAUGAUUACUAACUCGCGGCAGUAGAUGGUGAGAUGCAAGCGAGAGAGAGAGAUGUCUGAAGAUGAUUUUCCUUUGAUAGAGGCAACACUAACCGAUCUGGUGUUUUACCGAAAGGUUGUGAAAACUGAACCCAAGUAUGAUCAUAUCAUAUACAUAACAAGGAAACCCCGUUGUGUGUG